AUGGAACUUUCGAUCCAAGACUUCAGAUUCUACAUCUUUACAAAGAUUUAUAAUGGGGAAUGUGGGCCUGAAAUCCUAUCAGAUAAAGGAUAUGCUAACAAGCUCAAUGUUAUCUUUGACAUAGAUCACACAUUAGUUUAUUCUAUAAAUGCUGAUUAAUGCCCUUAAUUAGCUCAAAAUCAAUUAUUGCCAAGAAUAAAACUAGCCCCAAAGGAUAACUAUCAGCAAAAGGAAUUUUAACUUAAGCAAAAAGAUAUUAAUGAUUUCAAGUAAAAGAUCUCCCAAGAUAAAAUGUUUGACAAAGAAAACUGCAUUAUCAUUGAUGACUAAGUGAUGGCAGUAAAGGAUAGCUCACAGUCGAAAUUUAUUCUUAGCAUGAAAUUCAUGAAGAACUUUGAAAUGACUAGUGAACCUUAGAGGACCUAAACUCUCAUAAUCUUUAAUUAUCCUAAAGUAUGGGGGAUAGACAAUAAUUCUUUGCACCCUGAAACUCAAACAUUUCACUAAGAUGUAAAUAAAUAAGGUGAAUUAAACUAACUCUAUUACAUUGGAUUAGUUAUCUCUAAAUUAUAUCUUAGAUAGUUCACACUCUAACCUGAAAAGACUUUUACUUAGAUACUAAAUGAGUAUAAAAAAGAAAUCUUUAAGGAAAUAAAAUUCUUUCUUAAUGAAUUUAACUAUCAAGUAGAAUUAACUAGACAAAAUGAUCAGACUCAAUCUUUAAUUGAAAGAAUGAUAGUAUCAAUGGGAGGAACUAUAAGCAACAGCAAGACGGUCAGCAAUUAUUGCGUUUAUAGGAAGAAAUCUGUAAAGGUAGCAACAGGGUCUCAUUUCAAAUUCAAGCCAGUUUAUUAUAAGUUUGUUUCAGAUAGCUAUUUUAUGAUGACUCAUCUAGACUCUGAAUUAUACAAGAUUAAGAACUGA